GCUCGGACCCCGCCGGACCGGCCGCUAGCGCGUUACUGCACAUGAAGGCGCCGGCGCCCGUCCCACCCGGUACCGGCGCUCCGCUGGGUUAUAUGGGUCAGGCAGGUAACCAUGGAGACGAGUGAGCAGGGAAAGGCGCUGCCUCGCGCCGGCCGCGCGCGCCCUGCCUCCUCCUCCUCCUCCUCAGCAGCCGGUCGGUCCCGCCCGCUCGUGGAGGCGCUCUCUCGCGCUCCCCGUCACACACUGUCAGCGUGGAGGCAGGCGGAGGAGACGCAGCAGAGCAGGACCGAGCCGGGGGAGAGACGGACGCAAGACGAUGGCAUUUCCAGCGGAGCAGUCCGGGCGCACUCCAGUCUAAGCGCUCCUGCGCCUCACUGCGUGCCCAGCGCGGCGGUUCGCAUUUCCCAUGGCGCUGAGCCACAGACAGGGCAGGGAGCUGAUCAGCCUGGCUGCAGAGGCAGUGUGUGUUCCGGGUCAGAUUUUCUCUGGAUCGGGAUCUGGAGCGGUGCAUGGUUCUGACGUUUUUUCAGGUUAUCGUCAUCGGCACUCCUCCAGCCACCCCCCCCGCGCCCCCCCUUGCCGUUGGCGGAGGAUGUUAAGCAGCGAGGUGGCGAGUGGCGCAGUGAGCGCGGCGGCGGCGGCGGCGGCGGCGGCGAGGAACGUGGUGCGCAGCUCCAGCAUCAGCGGGGAGAUGUACAACAUCGAGAAGAGCCACAGCGGGCCGCCCGACGCCGCCGGCCUCUCCACCAAUAAGAAGAGGCGCUCCAGCCUGGGCGCCAAGAUGGUGGCCAUCGUGGGCCUCUCCCAGUGGAGCAAGAGCACACUGCAGCUCAACCAGCCAGAUGGAGGAACCAAAAAGCUGCGCAGCCACAUCCGCCGCAGCACGGAGACGGGCAUCGCCGUGGAGAUGCGGAACCGCGUGACGCGCCAGGGCAGCCGGGAGUCCACGGACGGCAGCACCAACAGCAACAGCUCCGACGGCACGUUUAUCUUCCCGACGACGCGCCUGGGAGCCGAGAGCCAGUUCAGCGACUUCCUGGACGGUCUUGGCCCCGCUCAGAUCGUUGGGCGACAGACUUUAGCCACAUCCCCCAUGGGGGACGUCCACGUGGGCAUGGUGGACAGGAGUGGACAACUGGAGGUGGAGGUGAUCCAGGCCCGAGGACUCACCCCGAAACCCGGCUCCAGGACGAUCCCAGCUGCGUACGUGAAGGUGUACGUGCUGGAGAACGGGGCCUGCCUGGCCAAGAAGAAGACCAAGGUGGUGAAGAAGACCCCGGACCCCGUGUACCAGCAGGCGCUCCUGUUCGACGAGAGCCCUCAGGGCAAAGUGCUGCAGGUCAUCGUGUGGGGCGACUACGGCCGCAUGGACCACAAGUGCUUCAUGGGCAUGGCCCAGAUCCUGCUGGACGAGCUGGACCUGUCCACCAUGGUGAGCGGGUGGUACAAGCUCUUCCCCACCUCCUCCCUGGCCGACCCCACCAUCGGCCCGCUGACCCGCCGGCUGUCCCAGUCCUCGCUGGAGAGCGCUACCAGCCCCUCCUGCCCCUAGAGCCCCCCCCUGCCCCGGAGAGCUGAAGAGGGACGCUGUGCACAGGGACACCGACCUCCUCUUCCUCCAGCACGCGCCCGGAGAGCUCCUCGACCGCCGCCCGGCACACAGCGAGCUCUGCUCCUUGCUCUGCGCCAGCCAUGCGCGCCUGCGUAUAGAGUCACACAGACACACCUCCAGAAAUACAUACACACAGGCGCCCCGCGCGGAGACCAGCGUGAGGCUCCAGCUCGUCCGCUGUGAUGGCGCAGCAGCUCAGGCCUCCCCUGCUGCUCCAGGGCCACGAGAAAGGAGACUCCCAGGGAAUUCUUUCUCUCGGUUUGGAGUGAAGGGAGACAGGCGGGAGAGCCAUUGCCCGGACACAGCCAGAGAAAAGAGCAUCACAGCUGAACAUGGAGGAAGAGUUUCUCUGUCCCACUUGCCCGUCUGAUUUAAAAAAAAAACAAACUUAAAACAAUCAAGCUGAUCUAAGGACAUAAAAAAGUCAACAAUGUUCACGAUGAACUAAUCCAAUGCUGCUUUGUUCCUUUUUAUGUUCUAUUUUUAACCUGUUUCUCAGAAGAUGUAGCAUUCACAUUACUUUCUGGCCUUCCUCUCAGGUCACAGGAAGUGAGAAAUUGCUGGCUUCCUGUGCGCAUCCAUCCAUACCUCCCCUCAAGGGGAAACUGAAGCAUCAACUAGUUAGUUCCUAGGUACCCAUUCACCUCAGAAGCAUCUACAACUGGCUUGAUAUCCCUCUAUACCAAACAAUUUAAAAAUGUUUAUUUUUUAAAAAAACCAAAGCAAAUAUGAAUUAUUUUAAAACAAAGGAUAUGUAGCAAAGUCAAGGACCAUAAAGGUUAAUGACUUCAAGGAAAUGCAAAAAAAUAAAUAAUGAAGUGAAAAUCUGAAUCAACGAAACACUAGGAAAACAGACACACUGGGCAACCACAGAACACCACAUUAAAAAUAAUCAAGGGUUGCCGACUGAAAUGCACAUAUUUCUAACUGUUUGGUAGCACUAAUAUAAUGAGUUCAGUAAAAUAUUUAUAAAUAGAUUAUAUAUUUGUUUUUGUUUGUAAUAAAGCAUCCUGCAUGCUGACUUGCACCCCCUACUGGAAAACUGAAGUGCUGUUUUUAGCUUGCCUUUGAAAAGGAAGUAGAUCCUGAACUAUAUUUAUUUUGCCUAAUAACUACUGGUCUUGUUUUACGACAUCAAAAUCUGCACUGACAGCUCACCCAAAAGGAGAGGCUCUUCCCGGCUGUGAGCCGCCCAAGGGAAACAUCCUGAAGUCCCCAGUCCCGACAGGCCCCUGCCUCGUUCCUAGCUCUGCUUUCAAAGAGGGGAGCGAUGCACCGAUGCUCACACUUCGCCGCUGGGAACGGCCUGACUCUGUAUCGCACAACAGAGCACAACUGUCACCAGACUGAACUGCAGAGGAGCCUUUCCAGAUACAAUCAUAUACCUGCCACCUCAUCUCUCCUGCCCUCCUAGAAAUCGGCAACUGUCCUUACGUCUAACAGCCUCUGACCGUUUAGACAAGCUGUCUUGAAGGCUCUGUACGUGGCUAAGGCUCUUGCUGAAUGGUUUGAACGUUAUCACAGUUGUCCUCUUUCGGAACACAUUGGCCUCACCUCUCUCUUCUGUGUGAAGUCAUCAUGGGCCACUUUCUGAAGCUCCUGGACAAAACCUGAGCCCCCAACAGAGGCUGGGAAGGGACAAGCUCAAAGAUUUUGUUUCUGUUUUUUGUAGCUUCUGGGACAAGCUUGAGCCCUGCCUGGGGCGGACUGCUGACAGGGUGUCCCAGCUCUGACCACGUGUAGCACUGCCCCAGGCAGCCCCCCCUUCCCGCCGCUCAGCACCCCGGCCAGCACGCAGGAGCCUCUCCCCCUGCCCCCCGGGAGGUACAGGCCCGUCCCCAGAGCGGACCGGAGGAUUCCCGAUUCUUUCACACUGAAACCAGCGCAAGCCCUUAGGAAAACCGAGCAGGAAAGGCGCCGCUGAUGGGAGCGAAAGAAAACCACAUUCUUCCUGCCAGAGAGGAUUUUUUCCCCAUUUGGAUGUGAGCUGGGUGAUUGUAUCAGAGAGACGUGAUCCUCAGAGAUCAGUUUGCCUCUGGGAAAGCCUCCGUGUUGGCACCCGUCUCCAGCUGCUUUGUUUUUGUAGAGAGAGCCCAUUAGAGUGUAAAUUCUGCUACAGCUUUUGUUGAACCUUGGCGUCUCUGUGACGAGUAGCUGAUUUAAUGCCAGACUUGCGAGCUAAAUGUUCAAGCUGCACAUAUUUGCAUGUUCCUUCUGUAUUGUCAGGCCAAAUCUACUUCUUCACAGCAGCCUGGUCCACAAAUACUGAUCUGUUUGCUUAACUGAUCAUUUUCACAACUGAUCUCUAGUGCAUUUAAGAGAUUUCUUUGCUGAUGUACUGAUGUAUCUGGGAUUCCUCAGGAGCACAUUUUUUUUUCCUGCCGAAUUUUGUCCCCAUCAGGACACCAUUUUCUGGAGAACAAAAUCACACAUCUGGAGAGUCAAAAACGGAAAGAGACCCACCUGACCAGCACACAUCCUUUCUCUAAUCUUCUGAUUUGAGAGAGAAAGGACUCAGCCAGGCUUCCUGUCUCUGUCUCUGGAUAAACAAGGCCCAGCAGGCCUGCAGGAUAGACAGGGGAGCCCACUUCCCCACCACAGCCCGUGCAGCUCGAUGCUGACCUGCUCCCUCCUCGCAGCUGAGCGAGACAACGCUUCACAUCGCUGCCACCCCGUUCUCGAGUGCAGAAUGGAGGAGCUCCGCCCAUUGUCAUUCCAAGCCGUGCCAACUGCCCAGGAAUCAGUGCCAAUCUCAGAACGCUGGCACACCUUUGAAAGGAGCUGUGAGGCGCACGAGAGAAAGGGAGGCGCUGCACAGUCCAACGCCUGGCAUGUCACGACUUGCUGAGCAGGCCCGGCCCUUGUCCCUCCUGCCCGGCGCUGCUGUAAUCUCUCUUUCACACCCGGCACUCGAGAGAGGCCACUGUUCCUUCCAGAUACUCCUGGACAAGCAAGUAUUCUAGAAACAAGUAUUCGGGACAUGUCUUCACACAGAAAACUGUUUUUUCCCCAAUGACUAUGAUUCCAAGCCGUAGGUGAAAGGUUUGGUGUUGACACCGCGACCUGCACAGCCAUGAGACCUGCUGCAUCAUGUGGAGGACGAUGACAGAGAUGACCACAAGGUCAGAACCUCCAGAGUCAGUAUUGUAUCAUCUUGGUUUUGAUUGGUCAUUUUUUUCUGCCCUGUUGUUUUAUUUUACCAGGUGUUUGAAGUUUGAGUUUUGGUUCAUUAGUACAGACCAGAUAUGCAACUGUUUUAGAAAGAAUGGCUCUCAAACUAUUAUUCUGGAAGGGACAGCCUGUCUGACGCCUACUGGAAAACAUUCAUGAUUUGAUUCAUGACAGUCCUGCGCUAGACUGUCUUCUAAUUUGUCUUCUAAUUUAUUAAUUACAAGGGUCCUUGUAAUUCACUGAACACACGCUGGUUUCUCUUUGGAAAAAUACAGAGUUGGUUUAUUCUUAACAAAGGGGGCAGGGGCAGCACAUGGACUCAUUGCUAAACUUUUCUGUGAGAUUUUGUGUUUAUUUUUAAGUCUGAACAAUUUGAACAAUUCUGUCCCAAAGUGAGCAGGGCUGCUGAGUCUGUCAAUGAAAGUCAGUCAAAGGCCAACAGCUUUGUAAAGCAGUGCGAUUAGCUGUCAUUUUAUUUUGAACCAGUAAUAUUACAGCCUGUGGGGGUGGUGUAGCAUUGUGGGUAAACCUUUGGCCUCCUAACUCAGAGGUUGAGGGUUCAAGUCCCUGCUGCAGCUGUAUAAGUAGCUGGCUCUUGGGCCAAAGUUUAAACCAAAAUAAAAAGCUGGAAACAAUCCAUUUUCAUUUAGACAUUUCCCGGUGGCACUUUGGGGCAGAAGUAUAUCUAAUAAACACUAGGCACAUUUGCCUGAAAUACUGUACACAUGUAGAUAUACAUAAGUAUUAAGCACCCUACAUCUUAAAUAAGUUAAUUCACUAGAUCACCUUAUCCUCAAUUUGCAUAGUUUAAUGAUAUUAUUUCCAUUUACUAAAGUAGCAAAUAAUCUUGGCUCAACUCAAAAGCUAGUAAGGACACUUAUGUCUAAAGCCGAAUCAAUGUGCAUUUGAAUGACCACUUGUGAUGUACAGUAUUUUGAAUAUUUCAGCAACACAACUCAUCCACUGUGUAGUUAAUGUGAUUGAGACCAGAAAAGCACCGUCGACUCCCUUCUGGUGUGUGUAAUGAGGCUGCACUGGCCGGGAGAGUGACCCCGCUCGGCGAGCGCAGGCCCGGGGGAAGGCAGCCCGCGACAAAGGGCCAAUCCAGGAGACGCAGCAGAAACAGCCAGCAGGCAGAGACGGGGCCUAAACCAGCCGGGGGGCGUGAGCACAGGCGGGGGACUGAGACAACAACGAAGCCCAGCUGGGAGUCCGCGCCAGACUCCGGGGAAGAGCCCAAUGACUGAGGCAGGACGGAAAUACCCGAUGUCAACAAGGUUUUACCCAUUGAUUAGGAGCAGGUGGUACAGAUAAACGCCCAUGUCACGUUCUUACGCCAUCAGUAGAGCCCGCAGUGACAUGGGUACUACAGGACGUCAACAGAACCUGAUACAUAACCGAAAUGCCCGCACUUCCCAAAAGGAGGAGUGAAACCUGACCAGCGGACAGGACAUUCCCCUUUCCAAAGUACCUUGGUACUGAAGUAUCUUUUUGGACGUGGGAAGAUGCCGAUUGUCAGGGUCUCCUGGGUGCACCUCUGCGUGUGGCCCAGGAAUCUGGAGCGGUUCUGGAAAGUGUGAUGUGACUCGGGAAGAGACUCUCGUCUCUCCGCCCGUGUAGCAUAAAUCCGUCCAGGCCAGCCCCCCGGUGAGCAGCCUGGCGCUUGGGCCUUAAUCGCACACUAGAGGAACGCCCUUCGAAAAUAUUCAUUGACAAAAAGGUACCAUUUAGUUUACAAAAGCAAGACCAUUCAUUCAAGAAAGAUUUGAAUAUCAAAUGUGUACAGGUACUGAAACACUAAACCCUUUAUACAUGGCUGAAUGUUCUUGUUCUUGGUUCUUGAAAUGUUAAAUGAUUAUUAGACUUGGAUUAUUUCUGAAA